AUGGAGUUUGAAGAAUUUGUCCCAGCCCACAGAGCCAACGACAGUGAAGCCGACAUGUGGGCUUUGCGACCCACCCUCUCCAGCAUCUACGCUUCCACCUUUCAUAGGAACACCGUCACACCUCGAGCAUCCUCUGGACCCAAGGCAGCGACCGAUUCUGGGACGAGAAAGAGCCUACCCUGCCGACACCCACUUUAUCUCGCCGUUCAGCGGCACCCCCACUUCCAAGGGCUGUUUGAUUUCUCCACUCCAGUGCUGCUGUCGGGGGGCGUCUUCACCCAGGAGCUCUGGGACCACCUGAGCCAGCACAAAGCCCCCUAUGGCUGGCAAGGGCUCUCACGCCAAGCCAUCGCCUCCACCCUGGGCCUUCUGAACGGCUCCGAGAGCGCCCAGCUGUUUGCCUCCAGGGAACGGCUUCGGGACUGUGUCCGGUGUGCCGUGGUGGGUAACGGAGGCAUUCUGAAUGGUUCCCGCCAGGGUCGGAACAUCGAUGCCCAUGACUACGUGUUCCGACUCAAUGGUGCUGUGAUCAAAGACUUUGAGGACGACGUGGGCACCAAGACCUCCUUCUACGGUUUCACGGUGAACACGAUGAAGAACUCUCUCAUCUCCUACAGGAAACUGGGCUUCACCUCCGUGCCACAAGGACAGGACCUGUACUAUAUCUUCAUACCCUCAGACAUCCGCGACUACGUGAUGCUGCGAUCGGCCAUUCUGGGUGUGCCUGUCCCCGAGGGCCCUGAUAAAGGGGACAGGCCUCAGACCUAUUUUGGACCAGAAGCCUCUGCCAGUAAAUUCAAGCUACUCCAUCCAGACUUCAUCAGCUACCUGACACAGAGGUUUUUGAAAUCCAAGUUGAUGAACUCGAAUUUUGGAAACCUAUAUAUGCCUAGUACUGGGGCCCUCAUGCUGCUGACAGCUUUGCACACCUGUGACCAGGUUAGUGCUUAUGGAUUCAUCACAAGCAACUACCAGAAAUUUUCUGACCACUACUUCGAACGAAAAAAGAUGCCACUGAUAUUCUACGCAAACCAUGACCUGUCCCUGGAGUCCACCCUGUGGAGGGACCUGCACAACGCUGGCAUCCUCUGGCUGUACCAGCGCUGACCCUGAAGAGCGGGAGCCCUUUGCUCGAGCAGCUGGGGCCCGCAUCCUGGGAAGAAGCCAAAGCCACCUGUCUUUUCAGCCUGUGAGAGCGACUCCCAACUCCCCUAGGCCCACCUCUUCCCUACAGAUGACAUUAAGGGUGGAUUUGUGACUGUCAUUGAAGCCUGUUUAUUGUGACACCCCAUCUUGUCCUUGGCUCAACUGAGAGAACGCCCCUCUGAGCCUGAGACAGACACCCCAACUUUGCUCAAGGAAAAAUGGACUGCUCUGCUCUGACUUGUUUUAAAACUGAAGAUAACAAACACUCCCAAGACGUGACCGGUCCUCGCCAGCGGGGCAGGCAUACUUCACAGCUAGACAUCUCGAAGCCAGCAGGUGGGGCUGAGACUCUGACUCUUAGCGGAGAGACUCAGUUAACGAGAUCGAACGUUACAGCACCGCACACUCCCCAGCUCCAACCCCGCCGCUGGCAUCUACAGCCCCACGCAAACUCCAAAGCAACCCGACUCGAUGACAUGUCUCAACCACCUUUCUGAGAAGGUGACUGACUUCUGCCCCAUGGAGAGGUGGGAGCACAACAGGCAGAAUGUAAUUUGAAGCUAGAUGACUGCAUAAACGAUGGAUAACUGCU